AUGGCAGAUCAAGAUUUCUUCGAUGAGAAACACAAAAUAGGCGAGCAGAUCAUUACUUCACCUAGUGAGUCUGUUCAUGGUAUCGUCAAAGACUGGGAUACCGAAGAAUCGGCCGUUCGACGGAAAAUCGACUUCAUCCUCCUUCCUAUUCUCGCAGGCGCCUUCUUCGCCUUGCAAAUGGAUCGCGGCAAUAUCAGUGCCGUUUUGACGUCGACAAUCACCAAAGAUCUCCAUAUCACAACAAACCAAAUAAAUAUCGGAUCACAACUGCUCUCCGCGGGGAUUGUUCUUUCAGAGAUCCCCUCGAAUAUCAUCCUGCAGCGAAUAGGACCUCGUGUCUGGUUGUCAGGUCAAUUGUUCGCUUGGGGGUUGGUGGCAACCUUCCAGGCCUUUGUAAAGUCGUUCCCCGCGUACCUGGUUACGAGAAUUUUGUUGGGAUUCUGUGAGGGUGGCUUUAUUCCUGGCGCUCUAUACUAUCUCUCCACUUGGUACAAAAAGGAUGAGACCAGUCUUCGUACCAGUCUUUUCUUCUAUGGGCAGAUGUUCGCAUCGGCUACAUCGAGCUUGAUAUCUGCCGGUCUGCUUCAGCUGAAUGGCACCCAUGGGAUGGAGGGAUGGAGAUGGAUCUUUCUUGUCGAGGGCUUGAUCACCCUGUUUAUCGCAAUCGUCUUCACUCUCCUUGUGCCCCCAGCUGCCGGAGACGGACGUCCAUUAAUCUCCUUCGGUCGCUGGAGCUACUUCACGGAGCGCGAGUCACAUAUCAUUCGCAACCGCGUUCUGCUAGAUGACCCCCUCAAAGCCAAGGGCCACAUCCAGAUUUCGGGAUCGGAUAUCUGGCAGACCGUCAAGCAGCCGCGCAUCUUGCAACAUGUGUUUGUAACUUUGGUCUCGAUGACUGGCUUCAAUGGGUUGACCCAAUACACACCCAGCAUGAUCAAAGGGCUCGGAUUCGGGGCCGUCCGGGCGAACGCCUUGGCUUCGGUUCCGGUCUACUGUAGCAUGAUCUGGCUGAUUGUCUUGUCUUUGGCGGCUGACAAAACGAGACACCGGGGUCCCUUUGUGCUCUUGGCGAUCACUUGGAAUGUGAUUUCCUACGCUUGUCUUCGGACAAGUAGCCCCCACGCUUCGAGGUGGCACCGGUAUGGUGUGAUUGCCGUUGCGAACAUCUCUUAUUGCAGCAUGCAGUACGUUCCUCUCCUCCCGUAUCCAUAUCUCGCUCUGACCCAGAAUACUAGUAUCCUCAAUGUCGGCUGGCUGUCAUUCUACUGCCGCACACCCCAGGAACGUAGCGUUGCCCUGGCGUUGGUCAUCAUGGCUGCUAACUGUGCCGGUAUCGCUGGCUCGCAGAUUUUUCGCACUUCCGACGCCCCGAGGUAUUUGCAUGGUCUCACUGCCAUCUGCUCUAUUGCGGGUGCCUCAUGGGUUCUUGCUUUAGUGCUUUGUGUUCAGUAUUAUUUCCGCCGGCAAAAAGCGGGUUCUUCGGGUCAUGGAGGGGAGGCGAAAGCUUGA